AUGUUUGAACAGGACUGGGAGACCUUACCAGGUGAAUACUUUGAAUGGUACAAGAGAAUCAUCAAUGACACUGAGGCAGUAAAUAAUCAAGACAAUGACAAUGAUGAAGUUUUGUAUUCAGCCAUGAGUAUGGUAGCUGUAGGACCUAAUAGCUGCACUGUGACAUGUCCUACAUGUCAUACUGUAGUCUCCACUAGAACCGUGAAGCAGACAACGAGCAGGACACACAUGUGGGCCUGUAUCUUGUGUAUUUUUACAUGUUGCCUGUGCGCAAUAUGUCCUUACUGUUGCGACUGUUUCAAAGUGACCAACCACUACUGUCCACGCUGCAACGCCUUCCUGGGCACGUAUGACCACUGAUGCAGCACUUGCAACUCUUGUGGGCCGCAGAGCCCACUCACAUUCCUAUCUGUCCUAUGUGUUGUCGUUUUUUCGACAUUUAUUAUUUUAACUACAUUGUCUAACUGUAACUUCUUAUGUUCUUAAACGUGUAGGAGUGUGUCUUAAAAAGGCCAUUGAUUCUUUAAUGGACUUUUGAUUUUUUGUCAUUGUUAAUUUAUUUUUCAAAGAGGAAACAACAACUAUAUAUGUUUGGUACUAAUUUUUUUUUUUAAUUUCUACUGUGUAGUAUAGAAAAUUUUUCUCUGAAAAAUAAAAUUUAGCACAAAAAUAAAUAUUCUUAUAGCAUUGAAAUGUAUAAAUGCAAUAAAGGAAUUGUAACUAUUUUCAUAACAAUAUUAUUAUUAGUAUUAAGUCACUAUUCAAUUUUUAGUUCAGUUAAUUCAAUGUUAGUAUUUUAGUUCAUUAGUACAUUUUUUACUAUGAUCUAUCUACUAUUCAAGAGCUCUCUAGUUUCAAGAGAUGACAGUUUCAUUAACAUUUGAUUUUUCUUAACUAGGAAUAAAUUUAAAUUUUUAUAAAUAUAUAUGCUUAAAAAUUAAUAUGCCUUAAAUAAUUAAACACCAAUAGAAAAAUACCAUUUAUAUUGAAUUGGUAAAAUGGUCACAGAAUAUUUUAGUUGAGUACAACUUGUUCUGAAUUACAAAAUAUUUUUUUACAUCAAUGUUUGUAAUUACAAAAUAUAUAGUGCUUCUUGGGUAAUUCA